AUGGAUCGCCUCUCAACUGAACUCCUCUCCAUGAUCGCAGCGGAGGCUGCUGCGUCUGGACCGCAAAUUGACAUCAACACCGUGUUCGAUGUCUGGGACUCUAAUGACACGUUGAAAACCCCCCGAACGUUGUCACGACACAAUUCCCUUGCCCCAUACGCCGCCGUUUCACGCAAUUGGCAGCUCGCUUUUGAGCCCUUCACUUUCCAUACCCUUGUCAUCUCGCCCAAGAGGCUGAUUGAGGCGGCACAGCACGGCUACCUCACUGAACGGCGCCUGGGGUAUGUACGCUUCAUCGCUGUUCUCAUCGCCUUUCCACUUCCGCGACCGUGGGAUACCCCCAUUAUUUUCCCUCCUGGACUAGAGACCAGAGGGGACUUUUUGAGAGCUAGAGAUGAUGCAGACUAUGUCUCAUCUGAGGAUGAGCUAGAAGAAAAUGAAGGUGAUGGCGACGGCGACUCCAUCACUAGCGCGAUCGACUUUCCCCACCCGAGAGACAGAGGCUACGAUAGAGUAUUCGCCAAGAUCAUGAGAAUUCUCUUCAACGCCCUCAAAUUGGCUCCUGUCCACGAGAAUGACCAAGCAUAUAUCGAUAUACGGUUCGGCUUCCCAAUUCCUCGGGAAUUUGGACUGAGCCGCAUGUCCAGCCCUGAAGAGAUGGAAGCAAAUACCCUAGAGGGUCCUUGGCUUACAACUAUCUAUCUCGGUAUGAGCCACGACGGCAAGGAGCUGCCAGAACUGCCAUCCAUAGCUUCAUGCAGUUUUGAACUCGUCUCGUGGAGUUUAUGCUUCGAACCUCACACAGCAUGCAUCCUUGCAAGUAAGAUGCCAAAUCUGAAGAAGCUCAAACUUCAUCUUAGCGACAGAGAGUUAAAAGAUCCAGGUCUCAGAAAUGAGAUGAGAAAAAAGCUCGCAAGUUCGCUGUCUAUCUUGCCGCAGGGCAUCUACGACUUGGAUUUUCAUUAUUCACGAGGCAUACCGCGGGAUCACUCACAUAUGCCCACGAGUAUACUAGAUUCAGAAGAAGACUACGAUCACCUUAGCCAGUCUCUCUUCAACUUCUCGCAGCGAGAGAACAUAACGCGAUUCUCAGCGGAGGGAAGUUUCGAACUCACCAUAAUGGGCCCGUCGGAAGAAGCUCUGUCUAGUCGUCCCGACUGGUCCAAACUCGAAAACUACGAGAUCGGUUUUCUUGCCAUCACCCCCGCCGGAAAGUGGCUCGCGGUGCCCUAUAAGCAGGAUCCAAACACUGACAUCUUCAAAACCAAACGAUGGGGACCGCCGAGUGGGCGGUCGCGAGGUUACUACUCAAGUUUCAACGUCAAUGAAUUCAGAGGUCCAGUUGAUCCAGACUAUGCACAUGAACUACUCUGUGCGGCCGGGCAGGCAGCUUCUUACAUGCCCGGACUACAACGAAUGAUUAUCAAUGUCGGAGUGAUCGGGAGCUACAGGGUCUCUUACAACAGAGCCAAAGUUGAACCGUGCAUGAGAAUCAUCGGGAAGAAGCUGCAGCCGCCUACGGAAGACAUGCUUCGAAUUUGGCGUCGCGUAGCGCAUGAGCAUGACCACAAGCUCGUCCUUCGUUGGAAGGACACAGCCAGGAUAAAAACGAGAGUGGAAGAUUUUGAAUAA